CCCCUCGCUGGGCGAAGAUACUGGGACUGGAAGGAGUUCCUCCUCGCCUCGGGUGGAGUGAAGACCUCGGGUCAAGAGUGGAGGUCAGCCCCUCUCCCCGUCCCGGGACAGGGGUGAACGACGCGCUGCAUUCUAAGGCAUCCAGCAGCCGGACCGUCCGGUGAUGGCAAACAUCAUGUUGAACUCUGCUUCAAAGCUGGCAUUUGAGGCCUGGAUGGCAGAGACGGGCAUUGACCUGGUGCAGGUCAACGGCCAAAGGAAGUUUGGUGGACCCCCUCCAGGAUGGACAGGACCACCCCCUCUGAGUGGCUCCGAGGUGUUCAUUGGGAAGUUGCCCCAAGACCUGUACGAGGACAAGCUGAUUCCACUGUUUCAGUCGGCUGGUAAACUCUACGAGUUCCGCCUCAUGAUGACGUUCAGCGGGGAGAACCGAGGCUUCGCCUACGCCAAGUACGCCAACCGCUGGUACGCCCAGUGUGCCAUUGCCAUGUUCAACGGUCACCAGAUACGAGACGGCUGCCCCAUCCUGGUGUGCAGGAGCACCGAAAAGAACGAGCUGUGCAUUGGAGGCAUCCCGUGGGGGAGGCACAGAGCGGAGGUAGUGGAGGUGCUGAGGGAGCUGACCGAGGGAGUGUCGGAUUUAUCGCUGCACCUGAGCACCGAUCGGAAGAAGAAGAUGACCAUGUUUGCUGUAGUCAAGUAUGAGACCCAUCGGGCAGCGGCAAUGGCGAAGAAGAGACUGGUAGAAGGCUGUAUUGAACUGUGGGGACAACCCAUUGAAGUUGAAUGGAUGAAACCAGAUGGAAAGCAGAAGAGUCAUCAGAAGCUUCUGUCCGACACACAGUCCAGCCCCUCGGUGCCUUCAUGGCCAGUGAUGACCCCUGGGUUUUACUUGCCACCGAUGGGCUCUGCGCUCAACCCUUCCUCUGACAGCAGCCAGAGCCUUCCAUCCCCAGACGAGAGUGGCGGGAAGACCCAGCGGCUGCCGUCGGAGGAGGUCCCCGGUCCGUUACAUGAGGGCUGCGAUGUCGUUCGCCUCCUGAACGCCUACUGUUUGCGGAGGCGGCUGGGGACCCCGAUAUAUAGCAUGCAGUCUCUGAGAGCGGACAAACGUCAGUUUUUGUUCAAGGUUUUCCUGCCGGGACUUGCUGCCCAUUUCAGUGGGACGGUGACUCUCACUCCAGAAAAUCUGGCUUCAGGGAAAGAUGUUCCAAAGCAAGAGGCUGCGCACCAGGUCCUGAUGUACUUGGGUUGCUCAAUGGGUUUUGAUGGCUUUAAUCCCCCCAGUGCUUCAGCUCUAGAGAGCCAAAUCUGAAUGACUGGUUCUGCUGAAAUGCAUCGUUCUUGAAUGAAAACUUUUUAUUUUAAAGUUUUUUUUGCACCAGUUUAUUUAUCACUUUUUAAAAAAAUUCAAGUUUUGUUACUGUGAGUUCUUCCAAGUUGCUUUUUGUUUUAAACACUUAACCAGAAGCUAGCUAAAUUUCCAUUUUGUGUUUCUUUUUGAUACUCGUUAUACUAGCUUCUGAACUGAUCUCAUGAUGUGUUUAUAGAUUCGUAUUAUAAUGUUGUAGUCAAGAAAAAGUUUAACCAGUGUCAAGAGUUUGAAAAUCUAUUGUCGUGCUGAUCUAAUCCUGUUGUUUAGAUUAGGCAAUGAUAUUAAGAUGCAUGUAGAAAACUUCAAUACAGGAUUUUUUUUGAAGAACUUUUCAUUGAAGCCUUCAGAUCUAAGUUAAACAUUUUGUAUUUAGCUAAUCUUACUGCGUGGUAAGGAUGGUGAAUUUCAAGAACUUUUAAGGCCUCUUCUACCCCAAGUAUACGUAAUGCUGAAUUAUAGUUUGUAUGAAAAUUGAAUUAAUAAUUCCUGAAUUGGCAAGAGUUUUUGGUUUGGCUUCAUUUUAGAAUUUAGUUGUUGUUUUAACCAAAAAUGAGAAGUUUUGGCUGAUUUUCUAUUUAGUAUUUGCUGCAUUUUGUGUUUGCUAGAUGUUGCAGGUUGUCAGGAAACCAAUUUUAUAUUUUAUUUUGAAGGAAGGACAUGCUUCCUGGGUGCACGGGGCCUGGAAUUGGCCUCAUAUGUGUGUGAAAUGAAACCAAAAUGGAUUAUGGCUUUGAUCCCAAGGUAGGUAUGAUGGUUACAUGUCAGACCAGGCAGCUUGCUAAAUGUACUCCCAACUGCAGGCACUUUUGGAUAUCCCAGCAUUGAUGAUGUAAAAUUAGGAAGUGUUAGAUUUUAAAUGGAAGCUCGGUGGUUCAAUGCAAAAAAAAAAUUGGUCAUGUUAUAUUGCUUAGAUUCAUAAUUAAUCUACCAGCUCCCAUCUUGCUCAUUAAUGGCUUUGAUGAGAUAGACUUUCAAGUAGGGAGAGAGAAUCUCUGGUUGGUAUUUGUUGAACCAGCCUGGAGUAAUUACAAUGAGGUAAAAGAAUUGUCCGUGAAGCUUGGAUAACUGCUCACCAGCCCUUGCUAAUUCUCCCGUCGUUUGAUAAUUUAUUAUCCUGUUGCUUAGAUCUCUGUGACCAAGAGGCCAUGGUUUGUAGUCACAAUAUGCAUUUGCCUUUCAGGGUUUCUUGUAGUGUAACUCUUCAGAUUCCUCUGCCUUCACCAACACCCAGAGUCAAAAAAAAAUGUGUAGACCCUUCUGCUCCAUUCCAGAGAUCUGCGAGUUAACCUGUCUCACGUCCCAAUCCAUUUUUCUUGUUGAAGACCCUGAUUCUGUUUCCACAUAGAAACUUGCUGGGCAGUGAAUAUUCAGAAAGCUGAUGGAUUCUUUAUCAUUUGACGACACUCUUGAGUUGCAUGCAAGAAAUGCAUUGAACUUAAACACAAUUAGUUGUCAUUCUGGUUCUUUCUGGCCUUGCAGAACUGCGAGUUGAUUUUAGCUGCAAACUUCACUUUUGUGCCAGCUUUCUGUCUUAUUUGCAAUGCUGUGAAGCAUACGUUGUGGUUUAUGGUGACUUGUGGAUUUAGUUAAUGUUCCAGUUAAUUUUUGUUUCUUUUGCAAAAAUCUGUUUGAAGAAAAUGUUGCCUUUUAGUUAAUUAAAAGAAUAAGUUUCAAAAACG